GCAUAUUUUGAAAACAAUACUUCUGGGCCAGAUGCUCUCCUUGUUUAUCUGUGGGACUGCUGUUACAAGCCAGUACUUAGCAGAACAAUACCAAGUGAAUACUCCAAUGUUUCAAAGUUUUAUCAACUAUUCUUUGCUUCUUCUAGUUUAUACAACAAUGCUGGCAUUUAGGACUGGCAGUGACAGUCUUUGGCAAAUUUUGAAACAGAGAUGGUGGAAGUAUAUUUUUUUGGGACUGGCUGAUGUUGAAGCAAAUUACAUGAUUGUAAAAGCCUACCAAUACACAACCCUCACAAGUGUGCAGCUGCUGGACUGUUUUGGGAUUCCUGUGCUGAUGGCUUUGUCGUGGUUCAUUCUCCGUGCAAGAUACAGGCUGAUCCAUUUUCUUGCUGUUGCCGUCUGUUUGCUGGGUGUAGGAACAAUGGUGGGUGCAGACAUUUUGGCAGGGAGGCAGGACAGCGAAGGUAGUGACGUGGUGAUUGGAGAUGUCUUAGUGCUUCUUGGUGCUUCUUUGUAUGCCAUUUCUAAUGUGAGUGAGGAAUACAUUGUGAAAAAUCUGAGCAGAGUGGAGUUUCUAGGAAUGGUGGGCUUGUUUGGGACUAUUAUCAGCGGUCUACAGCUAGCCAUUGUGGAACAUAGGGAGAUAAUGAGAAUUCAAUGGAACUGGAAAAUUGCAUUGCUGUUCACAGUCUUUGCCCUGUGUAUGUUCGGGCUGUAUAGCUUUAUGCCAGUAGUGAUUAAAGUCACCAGCGCAACCUCAGUCAAUCUGGGUAUUCUGACUGCGGAUCUCUACAGCCUGUUCUUUGGGCUUUUCCUCUUUUUCUAUAAGUUUUCAGGUCUUUAUAUCCUGUCCUUCGUUAUCAUCAUGGUGGGCUUCAUCUUGUAUUGCUCCACUCCGACUCGCACGGCAGAACCCACCGCCUUGCCACAGCCCAGCAGCACUGGCUUGGAUAACGCUGCACUAAAGCUUGAGGAGAAUGAGAGUGAAGCUCCGGCCAUAACUGUGCAGUUCACAAGAGGAGAAACUGUGGUGGUCAGCACUGAUUAAAGAAAUGGCAGCAUUUCAAAAUAGAGCUUUUUUUUUUUUUCCUACUGCCAAAUUCCCCUCAAAUAUUAAUCUGGAGAAUUGUUCUACUGCCAAGGCAUAUGU